UCAAUAUUAACUACAUUUCUUUUUUAUCUACCACAAAAAAAUCCCUGGUGACAAUCACUUCGUGCUGGAGUUUUGACAGCUAACUUGGUUUUUCGUUAUCCUGUCAAUUAAACGAAGACAUUUGGUGGAUUAACCUCAUAACUAAACUACUUGGGUUAUCCAAGGGCUCCCACAAGCGAUGAUUUCACCAGAGGAACGAAAGCCUACAGUUUCCUCGCCAUCAAAGGAUCGAAUUAAGGUUUCCUGGGAAGACUUCUAUGCCUUUCUUUAUGGUCAUCGUGAAGUGGUCGCUGUAGACCCCGAAAAUGUCAGACAUAAAUACGACAAAAAGAGACGAGUUAGUCAAGAAAAAUUAGAAACUGAAAAAAUUGAGAGAAGAAGGUCGUCUUCUCCACUUGCUGCACUGGUCUUCCCAGACGAGGUACAACUUUGUCGUUCAAGUAUUCCUGGAGCGAAGCUGGGUGUCUGUGCUGCACGUACCGUACCCCCCGGUACGUGGAUCGGCCCGUAUGAAGGGCAUUUAGUCACCAGAGAAGAGAUAAAACCGGAUACUGAUACCCGAUAUAUGUGGGAGAUUUAUAAAGAUGGAAAAUUCAACCAUUACGUUGAUGGCCAAGACGAAAAGACGUCGAGUUGGAUGCGUUUUAUCCAGUGUGCUCGUUAUAGGGAAGAACAAAACAUGACAGUAUUCCAGUAUUGCGGCAAUAUAUAUUACCGUGCUUACAAACACAUUCCCGCUGGACGGGAGCUUUUGGUCUGGUACGACGAGAAGUACUCGGAACUCAUCGAUAUCCCUGCAUUAUUGAAGAAUUUACCAAGAAAAGAAACCGGAACAGUUUGGAGGAAUCCUUUAGGAAGUCCGAACUCUGCCAUCCCAAGAGAAAAUGACAUGUUUUAUAAUGGAUUAGGGCAGGAAAACGGAUUGGACCGUUUAAGCCAACACAACGGAAUUUUUCCAAUGGAUCUGAACGACACCGGCGAAGUAAAUAUGUGGAAAUGUGGCCAGUGUAACCAGACAUUCAGUCAAAGAGUGCUUCUACAGAUGCACAUUUGUUCACAAGCUCCCGAUAAACCGUUUCACUGCGGUCACUGUCCCACUGUCUUUAAAGAUGCCAGCGAACUUCGUGAUCAUGUUGUCACUCAUAUCAACGAAAAACCAUUUAAAUGCGGCUUCUGUGGAAGAUCAUUCGCUGGUGCUACGACUCUUAAUAAUCACAUUCGAACACAUACCGGAGAGAAGCCAUUCAAAUGCCGAAAGUGCAAUAAGACAUUCACGCAAUCGACACAGCUGAGCAGACAUCAAAAGAACCCAGAGGAAUGUAUUCCAAGUUCAUCGGAGAAAUAGCAAGCUUUAGCUUUGUUCAUCUCUGAGUGGAAUAACUUCUGCUUAUUUAAAUUUCUGGCACAUUACUAUCGAUUGUUUCACCGAAGUACAAACCAUUGUAUAUUACCAAGGAACUUCUGCCC